UCAGACAGUCCGGAGGAGCUGCGGAACACAGCGGUCUGUCCUCUUCCAGUCGUCUGCUUGGUGUGAAUAUGUUGGAAUAGAGUUAUUAGUUGAACUGUGCACACCCUGGAGACUAUUCAGUCCAAAUGAUCCGGAUGCCCCGUGUCUUCAAACUAUGAACAAGUUGCAACAGGACAUGAGAAUUACAGGCAAGUUUCCUUCACUCACCGACUGUUGGACUGUUUGAUCUAAAUCAGAAAAAACUUCUGCUGUAGGAAUGUGCAGAGGAGAUCCUCCUCUCAUGAACUCAUCGGGCACAGUGCUGCAGUUGGAGCUGCAGUUGGAGCAGCAGUGAUUGCUGUGACUGUGUUUCAUAAAUGACGUGUGUGUGCUGAGCUGCUGUGUGUUGUCGUAGAGGAAUGCAACAACACGGUCAGACCCCCCCCUGUCUGUCUGCAGCCUCCACACAGCGAACACAUUCUGAGGGGAGUCCGGCACGGCACACCAUCGCUGUCCAUCGUUGAGUCCUCUGACAGGGCAUAACCAGGAGCAAAAGCUCUGGACUGACCUGUGCCAUGAAGACCCAGAAGGCCCGAGGUGUUACGACAACUUCACCUUCUUGCCGAAGGAAGCCUCGCUUCACCUUCCUAGGCAGAAAGAAGGACGGGGUGAUCAGAGGCAAGCUUCGCAUCCGCUCAAUGCCUGGAGCUUUCCUGGUGCUAGGGGUCAUCGUGGUGGUUGUUGGCACCGCUCUUGCAGUGGCGGGAUACUGGCCCUACCGGAUAUCAAGAUUGUCCAUCCUGGGAGCUGCAGAGGGAGAAAGUAUCUCUGAGUCGCAGACUUCUGGCUGGAGUCUGGGAGCUAAGGGCCUCCUAUCUACAGCCAGCCUCAUCCACAGUGAGCGGAUGAAGCUGCUGGGACCUGUUAUCAUGGGGGUGGGACUCUUCAUCCUCAUAUGUGCAAACACAGUCCUGUAUGAGAACAGGGACAGAGAGACUCAGAUGCUGCUGGCUCAGAUGCGCAGUGUAAUCUGCUCUGUCUCUACGGCUGUGCCCUCAGUGGACCUUAAAGAAAUGGCAGCAGCUAACCUGGUGGCCAAACACUAUCAGUGGGUGAACAGUUUACCAGCUGCCCAUCUCAACAUCCUAUGUCUGCAGCAGCUGGCCAGCUCUGAGCCCCUGCUGCAGACCAGACACCCCAGAGAACAAGAGGAUUACGUGGAGGGCGUAUAUCAGCAAGCUGUUCACCAGACAGAAGCCCUCCACCAUCAGGAGUCAGAGCCACCACCUUCCCUCCAUUCAUCCCACUCCAACUCAUGUAAUUCCAGUCAGACAGACUUUAACACACAGUCUCGUACAGAGCACAGAGGCAGUGCCAGCUUCAUCCUGCAGCCCGCCCUACUCUUCAAGCACAACUGCCUGGUGUCUGCCAGUUCCAUGUCCACCCUGGGGGUGGAUGAUGUGGACAUACCAGCUGCCCAGCCGAGGCGCUGCUAUAGUAUGAGCUACAGGACUAGCCCUUACAUAGUCCGAACUGGUGUGUGGCAAGAUGACAGACUCCACACACCUCUAGAGAAGGAAGAAAUAAAUGAGUUGCUAGUGACGAGGAGAGAGGCAGGUUCACAGGUUUGUGUUAACAUCCCUGGGCAGAUUGUGGAUACUGCUGAGGAGCAAACUCACCGAAGCUGGCCUCGGCUAGACCUGGGCAGCGGUCGCCGAUACCUGAAACUAGAGAACAAAGAAGACUCAGUGGACAGACUGCUGGACCAGUUAGAGCAGCAGUGUUGUCAGUGGGAUAAGAGUUUUGGCUCUGGGCCUUUUCAGUGAUGACUGCUUUUGCUUCACAGUCCUGAUGGUACCUCAGGAUACAAACACCAUGACAAACAAGGAGUAAUGAUAUUUUCACCUGGAUUCAAAAACUACACUAUAUCUCUGUUUUAAAAUCUGUGGAGGGCAGAGAGAAACUGAGCCCUGGAUCAUUUGGAGUACAGUAUUUCUCACAAGGAUCUUCCAAAACUUGAGUCUGUUCUCUGUUCUGUUCUCUUAAGUGGAAUAUUGAUAAACAGAGGUUAUGGUCUUUGCUUGGCUGGAUUUGGAAGAUGUUUUAUAUAAUUCAAGGAGUGGAACAAUAUACAGACCGUACACUGUCACAGAUGAGUGGAGCACAUUGGCAGACUGUUUACUUCUGCAGUUUGGUUUGGCAACAAUGUGAUAAAUCAACUUCCAUCUCUUUGCUGAAAUUGGUUUGCCUGUUUCCAGGACACUGUGUGCACAACCUAGUGAAGGAGAGACAGAAGGGUGCAGGAGGACGGGGGAUUGAUUUCACUGUGCUGUAAAUUUUGAACCAAACUACCUGGACUCCUGAGCCCAUAAAGUGCUGACAGCUCUUGACAAAUGCAACUAGUAUAUACAAACGGGGCUUUUUCCUCAGAUGAGGUCCCUUAAUCCAAAUGCAAUGCAUGGCUGUGAUGUACAGUAUGUUACAUCUUAAUAUGUAUGCAGAGUAAUGUCAUUGUUGUUUUUAUGUGUAUAAGAAGUAAUGAUACUUUAAGAAAAUGACUGGGUUAUUAUAACUUGGGUUUUAUUUUCUCAGGUUUGGCCUUCAUUUAUACAGUAACAGUUAUGAUAACAUGUCUUCACCGUGGUCUGAUGACAUCUGGGAACUCAGUUUUAGUACUACAACUGUCUGUCUCAUCUGUGAUGGACGUUUGCCAUGGAAGGUUUGGGUAACAAUGUAGUUCAUGAUGUUGUUUGCCUUUGUUUUCUUAUUAACAGAUUAUCAUCACCAUGGAUCCUCAUCACUGUUUUCACUAAGGGCCCUCACCAACACAGUGCAGGACUUUAGCACACAGCACCCAUCACACUCCGUGGGGUGGUCUAUUGCAGUUAUGUUUAUUAUUUUGGAAUGUCUGUCACAAUUCAGUUUUAUUAUGUGCUAUGACCACCAACAUAUUUUAUAAUAUUUAUCUUUAAGGAUUAAAAAAACCACAUGUGAAUAAUGAGUGUGUGAAUAAAACAUCACCCUACUGCUAGCUGAGAAAGAAUACAGAAAUAAGAAUCAUAUUGUUUCAGAGCCACAGCUAUGGCCACACAGCUAAACACAGAACAAAACGGCAGAGACAAACAUCCUACCGAGACCAGCUGCCGGCCUGCGUUAAAGUAAAGACAUGGAGGUCUAACUCCUGGAUGAGCUGUUCGUUUAUAGCAUGUUCAGGUGUCUUUGUGUCAUCAGUGUAAUGACAUCAGUUCAGUAGUUAAGUAGCUUUUUUAGUGGUGGUUAAUAAUUGACAUGUUGUGAAAAGGAAUAUUCUCCAUUACAGCUGCUGAUAGGGAGGAUCAGACAGAGAUAAGCAAGGGAAUCAGACACUUCCAUGCUUCCAAAUAAGUUUGGUGGCACUUCAUUUUCAGUCCCCCCAUUUACCAUAUAGGAAGCAUAUAAUCAUUGAAUAAAUGGUUUACAAUAAUGUACAUGUAAGCAGUUGUAAGUGUUAAUUAAUGUAUUUGUUACCAGCUACAACUGCUCUUGUGAGCACACAUAAGUUAGACUGCUGGGUGAAUAAAAAAUGAAUGAACCUAUGGUAAAACACUGCUGGAAAAUAUCUGGUCUACAUAGAGAAGCAAUAAUCACUGACAUAUAAAUUUACACAAAUAAACACACUGAAAAUGUCACUGUUGCUGUAUACGACUAUAUUAUAGUGUCUUAUAGACUAUUUAUUGAAUGUUAAUAUACUGCUUAUAAAGGGAUACUAAAUGGAGUACUUAAAGUGAAGUGUUCCCAAUAUGUGUCUGUGGAGAUUCUCAUUCAUCCAGGUCAUGGUACUUCUACAGUUUUUCCAAAAGGCAGCUGGACUUGUUUGAGGUUCUAGAAGACGUUUCGCCUCUCAUCCAAAAGGCUUCUUCAGUUGAAAAAACCUUAGAUAUUACCCAUAUGGUUAACAAAUGUGAUGUUCUUACUAAGAGGAAGGGUGACCAAAACUAUGAAAAUAUGACCCAAGUUGUAAAAAACAAACAAAAAAAACUCCACAUGAAUCAUUCCAAAUAAUGGACGCUGUUUACCUACAUCUGACGCAGAAUCAGCUUGUAAUGAAAACAGGGGCCCCUCCUGCUGGUCUCCAGGUGAUCAUCUUUCAGAAUGCAGUAUUUAGGGUCACCACCUGCCUCCCCCAUUCUUGUUCUUUGAUAAAAUGGACAGAAUGUGCAGAAGAGGUGGGCCUGCAGCACUGCUUACAUUUAGUGAGGUUAUCAGUAUUACUGCACACAGCUGGGUAUGUGUCAUAGAGGGAAGGGAAUAUGAAUCCCUUCCUUCCAUCUUCCUUCCUUGUCCUUCCCUCCUCCCUUUAUAACAUUAGCAGAUGUGCAGAGGUAAUCCCUCCAACAGUCUCACUCUGGUUUUCUUUCUGUGUGUGCUGUCUGUUCUGUAUGCCAUGUGUGACACUGUGUGUUCUAAAUGUAAACCAAGCAAUAUGAGUGGUCUGACAGUGAAUGGCUAUGUCUUGCCCCGUGUCAACCACUAAAUUUAACAGCAUUGCCAUGCCUGUGUUGCAAAUAUAAGGCAAAGCAAAAGCAGCUCCUGUUUGCUGUCUACUCAUUUACUCAAGUUGUCAAGGUAAU